AUGGCCGCAGCCCUGGGACCCGAGGGACAAAGAGGACUUGGGGUAGUGAAGGCAGAAGACCGUUACCGGGGACGGGACCCCGGCCCACAAAACUACAGCCCCCGCAAGAGGGAAGUGUUCCGGCAGCACUUCAGGAGGCUCUGCUAUCGGGAUGCACCCGGGCCCAGGGAGGCUCUCACCCGGCUGUGGGAGCUGUGCCGCCGGUGGCUGAGGCCGGAGUGCCACACCAAGGAGCAGAUUUUAGACCUGCUGGUGCUGGAGCAGUUCCUGAGCAUUCUUCCCAGGGACCUGCAGCAGUGGGUGCAGGCGCACCAUCCAAACACUGGGGAGGAGGCGGUGAGCGUGCUGGAGGACCUGGAGAGAGAGCUGGAUGAGCCUCAGAAGCAGGUCCCAGCCAAUUCAGAAAGACAGGACACGCUCUUGGACAAGUUGGCCCCCUUGGGAAGGCCCCAUGAGUCACUGACUGUCCGGCUCCAUCCCGAGAAGAUCCAGGAGGAACAGGAAUCUGGGGAUCCCCAGAGGAAUGGUGAUGAAGCCAGCACUAAGAAUGAAGUGUUGUCCCAGAAGGAAGAUACGCCCAAGGACACACAGUUCCUUGGCAAGGUAAAUGACGGACUUAACAAAGACAUUCCUCUGCCUCCUGAACCCAGAGAUGCUACUGAAAGCAAGGGCAGAGUGGAGUGGCCGCAGAGGGAAAGAAGGCGCUACACGUGCGAGGACUGCGGGAAGAGUUUCAGUCACAGCUCAGACCUCAGCAAACACAGGAGGACUCACACUGGAGAGAAACCCUACAAGUGCGACGAAUGUGGGAAGGCCUUCAUUCAGCGCUCCCAUCUCCUCGGACAUCACAGAGUACACACUGGAGUGAAACCUUAUAAAUGUGAAGAAUGCGGGAAAGAUUUUAGUGGGCGCACAGGUCUUAUUCAGCACCAGAGAAUCCACACGGGUGAAAAACCCUAUGAAUGUGAGGAGUGCGGGAGGCCCUUCCGCGUGAGUUCGGCCCUUAUCAGACAUCAGAGAAUUCAUACAGCCAAUAAGCUCUACUAA